UAUUUGCCAUUAUUUCAGUUAUCGGUUUUAACUUCACCGCUUCUCCGAGAAGUUCGUAGAAAGUUUUUCUCCGAGUUUUAAUUAUGACUGAAAUAUGUGAACGUGAGAAACCGAAAAUUCGGGUAAAAAUCGUGGACGCGAUCAUUAAUAAAGAAGAUCUAAUUCAAAAGGAAUAUACUCUACACGAUAUUCAACAGGUAACUAAGAAUAUUGAUAGUACAAUUAAGUUCCUUGCAUCGGUCGGUUUACUUCACAAUUCAGUGGUAUGUUGUACCCAGCACAUGACUUUUGUGACUCGUAAACAAUGUUCAGAUGGAAAAGUUUGGCACUGUUCUGUGUGCAGAUCUUAUCGUAGCAUUAGGAAUGAUUCUUUCUUUUCUAAGUCUUCUAUCCGUCUAACCCGCCAUCUUGAACUUAUUUAUUGGUGGACGUCGAUUGAGUCCACGCAGUCUGUUGUUAUGAAUCAGGUUGGUCUUGGUUCAGAGGCCAUAGUUAAUUGGUAUAACUAUUUUCGAGAUGUCUGUGCCAUGUGGUGCAUCGAUCACCCUACGAAGAUCGGAGGAGAAGGAGUGAAGGUGGAUAUCGCCGAGUCAAAAUUUAUGCACCGCCAAUAUCAUCGUGGUCAUUAUAAGGAAGGCCACUUGAUCCUUGGGAUGGUGGAGCGCCACAGUCUUAAUUCCGUCCUUGUACCUGUCCCUGAUCAAAGUGGUGCCACUUUGUUACCUAUCAUCCUUGAACAUGUGUUGCCAGGCACCUGCAUAGUAACGGAUGGCUGUCAUUCCUAUGAAAAACUUCAAGAAUCAGCUGGUCACAAUCUUCAGUUUAUGGAUCCCAAAGAUGAAAAACUCAACAGAAACAAAAUAGAAGGGACGUGGAAUAACGUGAAAAAUAGAUAUAAACAUUUGUAUGGACUUUCUGAUAAUCUGUUCUCGACUUACUUACAAGAAUUCAGUUGGCGUCGUGUUCACAAAGAUAAUACAUUUAUGUCAUUUAUUUACUGGGUUCGGCAUUAUUAUCCUGUGUAAUGAUUUUAGUGAUGAAAAGCUUUUUUUUUUUAUUUAUUAAAGAUGAAAAAAAAUCAAGAAUGUAAAUAAUUUUGUUAUUGAAUACUUUCGUUCUUUCAAUACAAGCACAUGUAUUGAUGAUCCUUGACUUUUCUUCCGUUACAUUGUCUUUGAUCUGAGCAGUCGAAGACACACACACACGUUCUCGCUAUCUACCCAGUCUACUAAUCAGCGGCUGGGAUUAGUCCCUCACUCAUAUCAAUUUUUUUCUCAAUAAAAUGAAAAUUACUUAUUUC